CGCCGCCCUUAGCUCCGACAAGCCCCCCAUCGCGUAAUAUUAACAAAAUCAACAUUGAACCCAAUUCAAUAAUCAUAGAUUUGGGGUGAUUUAAAUCCAGAGUAUGUUCUUUAAGUUGAUUAAAUAGUAAAUAAGGUUGAUAUUUAAAAUAGGUUGACAAUACUAUUUACUUGUAAUAAUCCAACUAAAUUAGUCAAUUAAGCAUUCUGUGCUAUAUAGAAUUUAUUUAUAACAGCAGAAUUUUAUUGCACUAAGGAAUAUCGAUUUGAUUUAUUUAACUAUGAAAAAGGUUUGAAUCCCUGUGUUCCAAUUUGUGGUGAUGGAUUUGUAGUGGAUGAAGAAUAAUGUGAGGAUGGAAAUAAGGAUCCAUUUGAUGGAUGCUUUAAUUGCCAAUAUUAAUGUUAAGAACAUUGUCAACAUUGUGUAUAGGGGGUAUGCUUAUUCGACUAGGAAGGAGAGGAUGAUAAUUAGAAAUUUUUUGAAAAUGAAGUAGUUAGCAAAGAAGAAAUCUAUUACAAUGAUAAUUAAAUUACUGAUGAUAGUGCUGAGUGUUAGGUUGAAUGUUUAAUUUGCAAGGAUGGGAAUUGCUAUCAAUGUAUGGAAGGCUAUUAUCUUGAAUAAAUAACUUAGAUUUGCUAUCUGCAAAUAAUAGAUUAAUAAUAUACUACAGAGAUUCAAAACAAUACUCAAAUGCGUAAUAUUGAUGGUAGUGAUUGUUAGAGAGAAUGUUUAAGUUGUAAUUUUGGGCUUUGCUAUCAAUGCAUGUAAGGCUAUUAUCUUGAUUUAAUAACUUUGAAUUGCUAUCUGCUAAUUAUAGGUUGUAAUAAUAUAAAAUCAUACUCUAAGGAGAUUCAAAAAUAUACUACAAUGAGUAUUUGUGAAAUUGAUAUCCCUUAUUCAACUUUAGAUAGUAUCUACUAAGAUCCUGAUUAUGUAUGUAUAAACUGUUUGACUUUCGAAUAUCAGAGUUGUAAUAAUAAAUGCUCUUUUUGUUAUCAAGGAUAGUGUUUUUAAUGCUAAUCUGGAUACACUCUAUUUGAAAAUCUAGAUUGUCUUUCUAUUUGUGGUGAUGGUCUAAUAAAUAAAGACUAAACAAACUAAGAAUUAAACGAAGAUUGCGAUAAUCCUUUUGAUGAAGGAUGUCAAAAUUGUGUGGUUUAACCUGGUUAUAAAUGUAUAAAAGAAGAUAGUUCAUUAUGUUGGACAUGCGAUUCAAAAUGUUUAAAAUGCGUAGUUGAUGAAGAUGAUCAAUUAUUAUGUUAAUAGUGUAUUGACGGUUAUUAUGGUUUAAGUAGUCUUUGUUACAUAUGCGAUGAUAAUUGCAUAACGUGUAAAGAUGAUUCAGCUCUAUGUACAUCAUGCUAUAGAGAUGAUUGCUAAAAAUGCGAAGCUAUACCUGGUUUAUACACAGAUUAUGAAAUUAAGAAAUGCAUGCCUUAAUGUGGAGAUGGUAUCAAAAUUCAGUAUUAUGAAUAAUGCGAUGAUGGUAAUACAAUUGAUGGAGAUGGCUGUGAUUCAGAAUGUAAUUUCGAAUUCGCUUAAGAGUAAUAUUCUAUUGGAAUUAAACGUCUUAAUGGAGCAUCUUUUAAUGAUCUCAGUAUAAUUCAAGAUUCGUAUAUACAAUUGAAUUGUUAGAAAACAACAGUAUCUAUUGAGGGUUUCGAUAAAGAACAGUUCAUCUAUAAUUCUACUAGCAGUGAUAUUGGAUGUAAAAUUUAAUUUUAAUUCUUCAAAUCGAUCUAUAAAACCAAUCUAAUACACAUCUAUAUACAAUUUCAAGAAGUUUAUACUAGAAUACUGGAAGAACAACUCUAACAAUAUAAGGAAAUUUAAGUGGAUCCAAUUGAAUAAAUAAUUUUAGAUGAUAGUCAAUAAUCCUAAGCUGAUGCUAUUUCUAAUGCUCAAUCUAGUCUAUCUUUAUUAAUUUUGAUUCUAGCCCCACUUUCAAUUCUAUUUGGCUUAUUUGAUUAUUUAUCGGGCAGUCCUGGAAAUCCUGAGUUGGAUAAACAAUUUCUACUUUUUCAAUGUUAAUUUUCCAUUCAAUGUUUAGGUCUUAUUUUUGAAUAGUGA